AACAAUCACUGGACCUCCUCGCCCAUGGUCACCCAGCUGUGGGAGACGACAGUGUUCGUGGAUCCUCAGCAUAUCAAUCACGGUCUACAGUCGAGUGCGGACAUUGCUAGAUCGCCCACCACCGACAACACCAUCAGUGAAGAAUCGGAACGCACUGCAGCGACCACCACGAGAUCGCCGACGUUGUUCACCGACGUAGAUAUCGACGGAACGACAGAAGAGCGGACUACCACCAGCACGCCGAGUCCCUGGCAAUGGGCGACGAACGGCAACGAUUCGCCGGUAACGUUCACUUUGCUACCGACGACUUUUACUGUGGAGAACACGGCGACUCCAACACCGCUUAUCACGACGCGAUCCAGCAUUACGACCACGAUAACGUCCUCGGUGACGUCGACCAAUUCCGUUCCCCGAGACAAUCUGGCGUCCACCUUGCUGCCGUUCGCGGCGAACGCGUUGAACACCACCGAGAACGAGGUGAUCAAGGCGCACGAGAUGUUCGGCAAGCUAAACGAGACGAGUUCCAACACACUAAUGCGAGUGAUGAAGCAAGCCGAUAAUAACGAGACGGUGAGGCAGCUGGUGCUAUUG